AAAACACCGUCGGCCAAAGCUCGGGCUGCCUUGGUUUUCUUGUGGAGCAAGGCAAGUGGGGAGUGGGGAUAUAGCGAAGAGGAACACAAGCUAAAUAGAUCUAGAGUUUAAUCGAGAGAGAAGGAGGUUAGGUCGCCGCCAUGGCUCCGGAGCUCGAGGAGGACACGAACGAGAAGAACCCUCGCCCGCUCGACGAGGACGAUAUCGCGCUUCUCAAGACCUACGGCCUAGGACCUUACUCAGCUAGCAUCAAGAAAGCAGAGAAGGAAAUUAAGGAGAUGGCAAAGAAGGUCAAUGAUCUCUGUGGAAUCAAAGAGUCUGACACCGGUUUAGCUGCACCAAGCCAGUGGGAUUUAGUCUCUGAUAAGCAAAUGAUGCAAGAAGAACAACCUUUACAAGUUGCUAGGUGUACGAAGAUUAUAAAUCCAAACACUGAAGAUGCUAAAUAUGUGAUAAAUGUAAAGCAAAUUGCCAAGUUUGUGGUUGGCUUGGGUGACAAAGUCUCUCCAACUGAUAUUGAAGAAGGCAUGCGUGUAGGAGUUGAUAGAAAUAAAUAUCAAAUUCAGAUCCCUCUACCACCAAAGAUUGAUCCAAGUGUUACGAUGAUGACGGUAGAAGAGAAGCCUGAUGUCACAUAUAAUGAUGUUGGUGGAUGCAAGGAGCAGAUUGAGAAGAUGCGAGAGGUUGUGGAGCUUCCUAUGCUUCAUCCAGAGAAAUUUGUUAAGCUUGGUAUAGAUCCUCCAAAAGGGGUCCUUUGUUAUGGCCCCCCUGGGACUGGUAAAACACUCCUGGCCAGAGCUGUCGCCAAUAGAACUGAUGCCUGCUUCAUUCGUGUCAUUGGGAGUGAGCUUGUUCAAAAAUAUGUUGGAGAAGGUGCUCGGAUGGUUCGUGAACUUUUUCAGAUGGCUCGCUCGAAAAAAGCUUGCAUUGUGUUUUUUGAUGAAGUUGAUGCCAUUGGCGGUGCUCGUUUUGAUGAUGGUGUUGGUGGUGACAAUGAAGUUCAACGCACCAUGCUUGAAAUUGUCAAUCAACUUGAUGGAUUUGAUGCUAGAGGAAACAUCAAGGUUCUAAUGGCAACCAAUAGACCUGAUACUUUAGACCCAGCACUUUUGCGUCCUGGACGAUUGGAUCGUAAGGUUGAGUUUGGUCUGCCUGAUUUGGAGAGCCGAAGCCAGAUAUUCAAGAUCCACACAAGAACCAUGAACUGUGAGAGGGAUAUUCGAUUUGAGCUUCUCGCUCGUCUCUGCCCAAAUUCCACUGGUGCUGACAUAAGGAGUGUGUGCACUGAAGCUGGAAUGUAUGCAAUUCGGGCACGAAGGAAGACGGUAACCGAGAAAGACUUUCUUGAUGCAGUGAAUAAGGUUAUUAAAGGAUAUCAGAAGUUCAGUGCAACACCAAAGUACAUGGUCUACAACUAACAGAAGUCUUGUGUUGUUCAUGAUGGAAGGAGGCAUAAUUUCUUUUGGUGGAUGUACUUUUUUAUCCUGCGUGAACUUAUAUUGAUCCAUUUCUUAUCCUGCAAGCACGAUUGGAAGUGUUAUAGCCUAUAAGUUGCAUGAUGCUCAUGGUUCUCAUUUUGGAUCGCUAUGAAUGUAAACCAUGGUUGAACUCAUCCAAUUUGACUCUCUAUUUUCGAGUUAGAA